CGCUUGCCGUAUGCGUCUGUGUUUCAUAUACAAAGGCAAAAACGAAAGUUGUGUUGUUUUUUGUCAAGUGGAUGUUGAAAAAUUCCCGAUCGCGAAUUCCUGCUAACAGCGGCACAUUGAAUUUCGUCGAUUCUUCGUGAGCCGGUAAAAUGCUUCCAGGCCGUUGACGAGCCAAAGGCUUGAACAUUUGAGCUUCAAUUAAGUGAAAACGAGUGCGAUCAACUUGCGUUUCAUAAUUUUGGCAUUGUGCGGUUGACCUUCGUUCAACUGGAGUAAUAGUAAUUUGCGGUGGUUUUCCUGCCUCAGCUACGCAGCGCUUGUGUAGUGUAUGGUGCCAUUGACGCGUUGCAAUUCCUCCGCGAAACACGAUUUUCAACAGUGAAUUACGUGAAAAGUGUGAAAUGAACAACGGCUUCAGUACGGGCGAGGAGGACUCUCGCGGGCCCACAGAUCAAAUUUGUUGUUUGAUUGAUGACGGUGAUCGCUGCAGGAAUCCCGCAGGAAAUGCCUCGUACAGCAAGCGGAUUCAGAAAACUGUAGCUCAACGAAGACUCAAACUCAGCAUUGAUCCGAAUGCGCAACACAUUUACAUUUGCGACUUCCACAAGGUUCGAAUCCAAUGCGCAAGGACGAAGCGGCGAAGAAAGGACUCGGAGGAGGACAGCAAUGAGACCGACACAGAUCUUCCCGAAGUUGACCUCUACCAGCUCCAAGUGAACACGCUGAGGCGGUACAAGCGGCACUACAAAGUGUCGACGAGGCCUAACAUGAACAAAGCUCAGUUGGCUGAUACGAUAAUGAAACACUUCAAAACGAUACCCAUUAAAGAGAAAGAAAUCAUCACAUACUUCAUCUACAUGGUAAAGUCAAAUUCAAAUAAGCUGGAUCAGAAAAACGGCGUUGGAAACGACACAACUUGAGCAUAAUAUGUUAUACGUAAAAUGACCCGCAACCAUUUCCUGUAUCUACUUAAUAUUAAGAUUACAAACGAUAUUUGUAAAAUACCAAUUGCAAUUUUCUCUUCUUUUUAAGAAACAAAGAAACACCACAAACUAAUUUUAACUUUUUAAAUAUAAUUUAUGUAAAAUAUUUACAACGACAGUAUACAUUUGUACAUUGUGAACUUUUAUUCCGUUUCUUCACGCAGUCCAUUGGUCAUGAUCUAGGAAUAUCAAGUAAAUCUGUAGCAAAUUCAGUAAUCUCCAAAUUUUUCACAAUAGCAUACAACAUAUAACCAAAUCAAAUAUUGAUGGAACGGUAGCAAUUGAUCUCAUCCUAAGACCAUUGUUGUUUCUUCUUCACUGUCGCUGGAGUUAUCUGUUGGAUAGGAUAAAGAUUUUUGUAGAUAAAUGAAAAAAGGCAAAAUAAAAACUGUUUUAAGAAUAUCAUUGAAA